GUCAAGUAAUUGGGAAUGCAUGCCUUCGCGCAGAGUACAGAGACUAUUUAAGCUUUAACAUUUGUGUUUCAUAUCGAUAAGUUUUUAUGAUAGUGUUAGGGGAAAAAACAUAAUUUUCUCUGAAUACGAGACCGAUUUAGUAAGGUAGCAUAUUAUAAAAAUUAGGUAACUGGAUUAUUUCGCAGUUACGGUCCAAAACGGACGGGUGGAAGCUGAAACAGGUGUCACGAAGGUACCACACAGUGUCAUGACAGGUAUCACGAUCGACAGCAUUUCUGGAUUGGACAUCAUACAGAAAAUAUUUUUGGAAACAAAAAUUUUGAUCAACAUAAUGGAAAUGAAUGAAGGAGAUAUCCUGAAUGCUUGUACACCACGAACCUGGGAACCUAUGACUAGUGAAAUGAAGCUCUUUCAUUUGUCAGAGACAUCAAAAGAAUUCAAGAAUGUUGUCAGGAAAGUAAAUAGAACUCUUAAUGUGCCUGUGAAAUCAGUUCUUAGAAUUCAAAAUCCAUACCUGUGGGGCUGUUACCAACUUAAGAAGUUGGAGUACAUUACCAAUGAAGUCCCUGUGAGAGAAAUGGAACUGUUUCAUUGUACCGCUCAGACAAACAUACCUUCUAUCGCUACUAAUAAUCUUAAUUGGCGAAAAUGUGUUCGCUCCAGAUUUGGUGAAGGAAUAAGUUUUUCUCCAUCUGCUGCUUAUGCUAAUUAUUAUGCAAAUCAAGAGAUUGGCAUGGACAGAGCUUUGAUCUUGACAACUGUUUUGGUGGGAAGAGAAAUUCUUGGAAAAAACACAAUGUCUCAUCCACCAAAAUUAUUUGAUACGAGUUUUGGUAGAAAAUAUGGUGAAACAAUGGUGUAUGUGAAAUAUUGUGAUUAUGAAUUUUACCCAUCAUAUGUUGCAUAUUACACUAAUAAAAGCGGAUCUGAACUGAUCAGAUACAGAACUGAUCCUUAUCAUCAGUAUGCAUGGUAUCCUCGUGCUUAUAAUAAUUAUUUGUUUUGGGCUGAUAACUUUGAUUAUUAUGACUUUGGAUUGUGAAAGUACUUAUAGUUAAUAUGGUACAUUAAGUUUGCUAAUGAUAAGCAAUGAAAUGAUAUCUUGUGUCUAUUUGAAAUUGAAGUCAGGAAUAAUUAAUAGAAAAUAGAUUUCAUGAAUGUUGUUGUUGUUGUUGUUGUUGUUGUUGUUGUUGUUGUUGUUGUUUUUUUU